CAAACGUUAAAUAAGUAAGUAACAUUUAAGAAGACACUAAUACUGUCUGUGGAUGACAAAACUAUUUAUAAGGAUUUUACUGUUUUAGCUAUUUACGAUGAAAUCAAACAUGAAUAUUGUGUUAGCUGCAAUGUUUUUUUACAGUCUUAUUAUUUCUGGCACUAGUGAAGAUGAUUUACCUUCAUGUAUAUCAAACCUUCGCUAUCGCUUACAUCUUAGUUGGUUUGGAUUAUUUUUAACGGACCACCAAUUGAAAAACCAUCAAUUUCAAGACACGUUACACACAAACUUUGUUAAAGCGGCUAAGGAAGCAAAAAGCUUAAUAAUAGCUAAUAAAAUUGACGAAGGACGUGCUUUUUUAAUCAAAUCAAUAAUAGAUGAAUCUAUCAAUAACCGAGAUAUGAACGUUGCACAGACAAUACAAGUAGCUUUUAAUGGCAAAUCGGAAGUGGCUAUAAAAUUAAUUGAAAACUUCGUCGAAUUGUUCAUAUCAGAGAUAAUUAAUGAUAAUACAAGUUUAGUUCAUCAAUAUUACAAACAAAUUGUUGAUUUGUAA